AUGGCCUCCACCGACGUCGCGCGCGUCGUCCCCUCGCAAACAUCCCCAGCCCCCGCCAAGCUCGUCAAGUGGUCCGACCGGCCCUUCGGAUGCGUCGUCAUCGUCGGGUGGGUCGUCGUCGCCUUCAUCCUCCAGGAAUUUUGCGUCACGCGGCGCGUCGACUGGCCCGCCGGCGCCGACGGUGAUCGUCGCGACGGCGCCUGGAUCACGAUCGCGUCGUGGCGCAUCGCAUCCGUCGUCCUCGCCGCCGGGACGUGCCUCGGUCUGGCGCUCGUGCACUUCACCGACCCGGGGGUGGUGCCGCCCAACACGCGCGGCGUCGAACCGGACGUCGCCGAGUACCUCGCAACCAAUCGACCGAUCUACGUCAAGCCGGCGAAUCACCUUCCCGACGGUUCAUCUUCCGACGCCGGCCACGGCGAGGAGGCGACGACGAAGACGAGACCCCCAUCGCAGUCGACGACGGAGCCGACGAUCGACCUCGUCCUGCGGUACGCGAAAGACUGGCGAGGCCAACCCAUCCGCACGAUCAUCCCCGCCAGGCUCCUCCACCACGAAGAUCCCGAGGGGCCGUGUCUGUUCGACGGCCGAACGCCGGAGUUCGACCCGCGUGUUUGCUUAUUAACGUUACUUGCAUCUCUCAUAUAUCUCAUACAGUACUGCGUCACGUGCGACGUGUGGCGGCCGCCGAGAACCUCGCACUGUCGUCUGUGCGGGUACUGCAUGGAACGGUUCGACCAUCACUGCCCCGUGCUCGGGACGUGCAUCGCGGCGAGGAACAUGCGAUGGUUCGCGGGCUUUCUCCUGUACGCCGGGCUGGCGUGCUCCGCGUACGCCGCCGCCGCCGUCGCUCGCGUCUCACAGCUGUGCACCGCCGGCGACUGCGUGAAGACGUGGGAGCUGUGGGUCCUCUUGGUGUACGCGUUGUUUCUGGCUUGGGGAGGAUUAACGCUGGCGCCGUUUGGAGUUUCCACUUUGGUUUGGCUGGCGUGCGUGGACGUGACGACGAAGGAACGACUGGGAGCCAAGCCCCCUGGUGUGGUUCGACUGGCACACGGAAGAAGUGGGCUCGGGGGGGUUGGUCACGAACCCGAACGAAACGGUUGUUGUAACGGUCGCGAACGGCGAGGAGAGUCCGGCGAGACUGAGAGGGACAAGGGGGACGAUUCGAGCGAAGACGGGGACGCGGAUGACGAGUGGUUCGGCGCCGGUUUUCAAUCCCCGCACCCUGAUGUGCUCCGGUGGGCGGAGCGCCACGGCGGGGUGAGGGGUGGGGGGGGAAGGGGAUGUCGGGAUAUCCUGUGCCAGCCGGUGCGUCUGCGACCGUACUACGACAAGCACGACGUCGCGGCGGCGAUGAAACCCGUCGUCGUGAUGACCCGAUGA